GCCUCAAGAGAGAAAAGUAUCGGCAUUCUUGCUUCUGUCAGCGGUGAGUACUGCAGUAUUAAUACAUGUGUGUUGUUUGCACUUUGGAUACAAUAAAACCUCAUUGCAGAUGAAGUGAGGAUCGAGGCAAUCUCUACAGCUGAAUCCCAGCAAACAGGACAACGUCAAUAAUUAGAGACAGUGAUGGGGACGAGCAGCCAGAGCACCACCAUCAUAGAAACUGAAGAUGACGUCCCCAAUUCCAAUCAGUUUUGCGAUGAAGCUGCAAUGUGCAUUGUUUCUGUGAAAGGCUUGAAAGAGAACUGGCAGAAGUGGUCCGAUGAGCACCGGGAGUAUCAGAAGCUCAACCCCUUCAGUCACGGCAUCAGGCCCAGUGUGAUGGCCCCUCAGAGAGGCCAGGACGACUACGGGAAACCCCUGCAGGGCUCCAUGACAGAGCAGAGGGGGAAGGAUGCUCACACACAUAUAAGCAGAGAAGUUGAGGAACUGUGUGAGGUGAUCAGGAACAUUGGGGAGCCAGGAGACAAAGAUGGGGAUGGAGGAGGCGAUGGAAAGGUGGUGACCGUAGAAUUUAGGAAACUGUUCGAGCAUUAUGUGACCAUCUCUAAUAAACUGGUGGGGGUUCUUCUACGAGCGAGGAAGCAGAGGCUGGUUGACUUUGAGGGGGAGAUGCUUUGGCAGGGGAAGGAUGACCAUGCAGUUAUCACUCUGUUGCCGUGAUCAGAACAUUUAUGCCUUCAUUCGACUUUCAUGCAGUAUAUUGAGUGGCAAGUAUAGAGCUACUUCAUGGCAGCACUCACUGUGGUAUUCAGAUAUCAGAAAGAUUGCAAUAUUUGUAUUUAAGUUAUGUAAUGAUGCUCCUAUUAAGACAGAAAUGUUUGAUUUUAGUUUCUCACACAAGGAAAACACCUACAUUAGUAUAUGAGACAUAUUUUCUCCUCGUGCUACAAACAAUCUUCUAACAAUGUAAAAAGUGCAGAAAAAGAAAACAUGAAAUUCUCUGGAACAAGAGUUAUUCAAAAUUAUAAAAUACAAAUAUAAAAAACACAAAUAAAGAGAAACAGAGUGACGAUGAAACAGCUAAGAUAUUGUUACCAAAUCAACCUAAUAUGUAUUCUAGAGUGGCUUCAAAAUGUUUACGAUUUUCAUGUUUACACUAUUUCACUUACUACAUUUCUCUGUGUUGCUUUAUCAAAUCUUUGCCAAACAAAUACCUUUCACUAUAUUCCCUUUGCUAGGUUUCUAAUGUGGUUGAUGAGCCUGAACUAAAGCCAAAGAGAACAUGAGGCUGCCUGUGACAGACAAUAUGGUGCUAUAGGAUGAACUUGAUCCCAGCGUGCUUGAGAGCAUGAAUUUAUUACAAGUGUGCUUUGUAAUUUAACCCUUUACAGUUUGAAACUUCGUACACCUGCACCACACUGAGAUAGAUGUACAAUAAACUACAAAUGCUGCUAAAAUGAAAUACACUAUAAGCUAUGCAUUGACUGAUAAAUGCCAUAUUAAAUGCUGCUUGUAAAAGUUAUUUCUUAGGAUAAGGCAGUAGUAGAUUGUUAAAUUUGCAAUAACUGCUUUCGGUAUUAUAAUAAAGAAAUAAACUGAGUAGUGCCCUGUCUGUUAUGCUGUUACUGUGGGUGCUUUGUGAACUGUAAGCACUGGCUGCUGU